GACGGCGCGUACCCUGAAACCCAAUUCACACUUUGUACAUGUGCUGCCAUCUGGCGGACGGCACCCGCCAUGUAACCCAACACACACACUAUGAUUGCGCGAGUAUUUCGCCCGACGGACGGCGCUGCGUAAUUCGAUCGCAUCGCAGUUAUGAUAAACGAUGAAAAUGAUGUUUUACAGACAGUUUAGUGACGUGUUAUAAUGGAUCGGUGUCGUUGUUGUUGUUGUUGUUGUUCGCGCCGAGGUGAGGACGUAGAAAAAAUAAAAAACAUCGAUGAAAGUUUACUUAAAAACAGAUCGCAGAUUUAUGAACUGUUCGUAAGAUUUAAAGGGGUAGAUUUUAGAUUAGGCCGACAAGUCGAAGAUUUAAGAGACUAUAUAAAACAUUUGCAUGAAGUAUUAAAAAUUAUCGAUAAACGUGUAAAUUUUUUAGAAAUUGUUGUAAAAGACAAGACGAACGUUAAUGAUUACGAAAUAAUUGAUAGUGAAAAUUAGAAAAAAAGUCGAUCGGUCAGGUGCGAUUCGUUACAAAAACAGUAUAAGAUCAUUCGGUCAUUUGUUGUUGUGUUGAACGGACAUGAUUUUAUGUUUUAUUCUCGACAAUAUGACUAUAGCGAAUAGUGUUGGUCAAGUCGAAUUUCAACGUAAAAAUGAUUUGUUAAAUUGUUUGGUUUACAGUCUGAAUGAAAAACAAAAAUUUUUCAUAACGAUCGGUAUUGAACCGAGAGAACCGUUCAACACCGAGGUGCGUAUUAUUUCUCCGUUAAAAAAUGUUUCGAUUUCGAUAGAUUUUUUAAAGCGUAUUUUCGGUUCGAUGGGCAAUAUUUUAUCUUUGGUAUUGACCGCGCCGAUUAAAAAAGAAAAUAUUUUACUACUCGAGGAUGUUGAAACAGCAGUAUGGAAAAGGGCGCAUCGCAAGACAAACGUCAUUUUAAUAAAAUCGAAAAUAUAUCCAAAGUGUCAGGUCGUUUUCAAAUAUGAGCACUUAAUCACCUUAUUAGAUUUGGAGUAUGUAAUUUUCGAUGCAAUCAAUCGUCAAAACACCGUCAAUAGACCGAUCAUUAAAAAGCAAUUUGAAGAGAUUAUCGAUUAUUGUUUCAAUAUUUUCACACACGAGCGUAUAACAAACGAUUACAACGCAAUUACAUUAUUUGUAAAAAAUAUCGAUUUCACCGAGGUUGGAAAACAUAUAAUGAAAAAACAUGAUCAUAGUUAUGCACAUGAAAUAAAAACAUUCAUGUCUACCAGCAUUGUGGAUCGAUUGGCGGAUAAAAAAACGUGGUAUAACACACCUCAGAAAAAGAACGAACAUGUGCGAGAAUUCGGUUGGAUGUCUUUGGUUAAGUCCAUUAACGAGGAACCUUGUACACAAUCACCAUCAAAUUAUUAUUGACAAUAGAGAAAUUAAAUAUUGUUAAAUUUACACGAUGUAAUACAUGUAUAAUAUUCUUUAUUAUUGAAUUUACACUGUGAAAUAAAUGUAUAAUAAAAUUUAAUUAUUAUUUUUUAUAUAUAUAUUAUCCAAAUACCAUUUUCUCAGCUUGUACGCUGUAAAAAGCGUGCAUCUAUGCGGGUCUAAAUUUUUGUGAAAUAUACAAGAUGGAAAAGUAUAAUUUUCGUAUAAGUGGCCGAUCGGGGGACAGCCCAGAGUUUCUAAAUCGUUUACAAUGCACGGUUUCGUAAUGAGUUUUUCCAGCAGUUGUUUUUUCUGUAUUCCUUUUACGAGUAUAGACUUAUAAUUCGUAGAGUUUAAUAUCGGGCGAAUUUCAUUCGCAUUCACCUGACCGUAGCUCGCCGGUAUUCGAUGAUAAUAUCGUUUCAACCAUUUGUUUGCCGUCAUUGAUUUUGCAUUCCGUGCCGGUUCACUUUUGAAUAUCCAUGUUUGAGCGGUCAAUUCGUCCGUAUCGACUAUAGACAACUCUUUUAUGACGUAUUCACCGUGUGAGCCCAGUACGCAGUGUAUAUCAAAUAUUGCCGUACUCAUUUUUAACUUGUCGAAAUAUUAGAUGUAUUCUCUUCAACGGCUGAUGAGUCACUAAAGUUACUAUUUUUAUUUUUCUCUAGAAAUCUAAUCCGUCCAACAAUAUUUU